GUGCUUCACUCUGCCAUGUGACUUGGCGUUUGCAUUCACCAUAAAGACACUCAUCUCAUCUCCCCCUCCUCAUACAACCUAUUCAUUCGUUAACUGUAAACAACAAUUUCCCAUCCACCACUCUCACCGCCACCCAACCGCAAUCCUUUUACCACCCAACACAUCAUCGCUCUGGGAUCCCUCUAACCGCCCUCCUCCACCCAAACAAAAUUCACGCCGCGCCACCCCUUAAUCACAUCCCACACACAUCCAUCUUACUUUACUUAGCCAAAACCAUGCUCCGCCGCGCCCCUACCACAAUCACGCUUACGCAAAACGACAUUGAGCAGUGGGAAGCGAUGCGCCAGCGCAAGUUGUACGAGGCCAAGCAGCAGCAGGUAGAGCAAGAGCAGCAACAGGCUAGUCGGGAGGAGGCGAAGGCGAGAAGUAAGAAGGAUAGGAUUAUGGGGGCUUGAGAGGGGUGAAGUGAGCAGGGGAUGUAUGGGGAGAUCUUGGGAUCGUUUGCUUGUAAUACGAUUCAAUAGAAGGGGGAGAGGGCGCGUAAGGGAGUGGGAACUGGAGUAUGAGCAAGUUUAAUUAUUUUCCACAUCCUCUCUCGUAAAGAAUUGAAAAAGCAAUUCAAAGUCAGCAUAUUGGGAGGCAAAUACUUGGAUCGCUGUAGAGUUCAUCUAGAAAGAUAAUGCAACUCU